AUGAACACCCUCGUGGCCCGUUACAGCCAACCCGCCGCGCACACCCAUGCCUACAACGCCGACGAGGACUCACAACAACUAAUUCAAGAUGCCGCGCCACAACUCUCUCUCAACUUUGCGCUCCCACCAAUAGCGAGUACAGCACAAUGGCUCCGUGCCAUGACCGAUGACCACAGCAACCCGAACGUACCCAUCAAGAUUGCUCACGGAACCACAACAUUAGCCUUCAGAUUCAAGGGCGGCAUCAUAGUUGCCACGGACUCAAGAGCAACGGCAGGGAACUGGAUUGCUAGUCAGACGGUGAAGAAGGUGAUUGAGAUCAACAGCGCAUUAUUGGGGACUAUGGCUGGUGGUGCUGCGGACUGCCAAUACUGGCUUGCCUACCUAGGAAUGCAAUGCCGCCUCCACGAACUCCGCCACAAACGCCGCAUCUCUGUCGCCGCCGCCUCCAAAAUCCUCGCCAACCUCGUCUACAGCUACAAAGGCAUGGGCCUCUCCAUGGGCACCAUGUGCGCCGGCGUCACACCCACCGAGGGUCCCGCACUCUACUACAUCGACUCCGACGGGACUCGUCUGGCAGGGAACUUGUUCUGUGUGGGUUCCGGUCAGACGUUCGCGUAUGGUGUGUUGGAUGCCGAAUACAAGUAUGAUAUGGAGGAGGAUGAGGCGUUGGAGUUGGGCCGGAGGAGUAUUCUUGCUGCGACGCAUAGGGAUGCUUACUCAGGUGGGUUCGUGAAUUUGUAUCAUGUCAAGGAGGAGGGAUGGGUGAAACAUGGGUUUAAUGAUGUUAAUCCUCAGUUCUGGCGCUACAAGCUGGAGAAGGGCGAGUUCUCGAAUGUCAACGCGAAGCUUGACGAGACCAGCGGAAAGGUGUAA